ACCAUAGGCUAAUCGAUGUCUCCAACAAACAAAUUUUCUUUUAAUCACCAAAUAUUAACCAACGAUACACCUAACCUAAUUAUGGCAAACAAUUUAAAAUCAACAAGCCUACGGCCCAUCCAUGUUUAUCUCUUCUUCAUAGGUUUUUCCAUUGGUUAGAUCUUCUCAACAUAGAUAUAUAAAUUGAGAAACAAGGUCAAAGGACGUUCUCAAAUUCAUCAACACCAACAAUGGCAGUUUCCAUGACUCAUCUUCUUGUUACCAUCAUGCUUCUAGCCGCCCACUCGGCCUUCGCAGAAACAAACAUGCUUCAAGAUUUGUGUGUUGCUGAUCUCAAGGGUUCAAAAGUCAACGGAUACCCAUGCAAAGACCCAUCACAAGUAACACCAGAGGACUUCUACUACAUGGGCUUAGCCAAUGCUGCAGACACCAGCAACACCUCAAUGGGCUCAGCCGUCACAGCAGGCAACGUUGAGAAAAUCCCUGGCCUCAACAUGAUGGGUACCUCCAUGUCUCGUAUCGACUACGCACCAGGCGGACUCAACCCGCCUCAUCUUCAUCCCCGAGCUUCCGAGGCCAUAUUCGUCCUCGAAGGAAGUCUCUUCGUCGGCUUCUUGACCACCUCUGGAAAACUCAUCUCCAAACACGUCAAAAAAGGAGACGUCUUUGCAUUCCCGAGAGCUCUCCUCCAUUUCCAGCAGAACCCUAACAAAACUCCUGCCUCCGUGAUCGCUGCUUUCGAUAGUCAGAACCCUGGGACUCAGAGUGUUGGACCGUCUCUGUUUGGUGCUAACCCUCCCAUUCCUGAUGACUUGCUUGCCAAGGCGUUCUCGCUUGGAACAAAUGAGAUUCAGAAUAUUAAGGGAAAAUUCCAAAAGAAAUGAACAUAGGUUUCAGACCAUACACAUUAAUACAAUAAUGUUAAUACAAAUAAUGAACAUAAAAUCUGUAAAUUACUAAGCAAAAGCAAAGAAAACUUGUACAUUUUAUUUUAAUUGUUGUAGAUACUCGUAUAUUUUUGGCCCAUUGAUUACAACAAGACCAGUUUCAACUAGACUUCUAAUAAUCUAUAUCUGAAGUCUAUGUAUCUUUGGACAUUUUGAAACAAAUAAUGGAAUGCAUUGCCAAUCUUGUUUAACC